AUGUGGCGCUUGGUGCCCCCGAAGCUGGGCCGCCUGUCCCGCUCGCUGAAGCUGGCGGCGCUGGGCAGCCUGUUGGUGCUGAUGGUGCUGCACUCGCCGUCGCUGCUGGCGUCCUGGCAGCGCAACGAGCUGGCCGACCGGCGCUUCCUGCAGCUCAAUAAGUGCCCGGCGUGCUUCGGCACGAGCUGGUGCCGCCGCUUCCUGAACGGGCAGGUGGUGUUCGAGGCGUGGGGCCGCCUGCGCCUGCUGGACUUCCUUAACGUGAAGAACGUCUACUUCGCGCAGUACGGCGAGCCCCGCGAGGGCGGCCGUCGCCGAGUGGUGCUCAAGCGCCUCGGCUCGCAGCGCGAGCUGGCGCAGCUCGACCAGAGCAUCUGCAAGCGGGCCACCGGCCGGCCCCGCUGCGACCUGCUGCAGGCCAUGCCCCGCACCGAGUUCGCGCGGCUCAACGGCGACGUGCGGCUGCUCACGCCCGAGGCGGUGGAGGGCUGGUCGGACCUGGUGCACUGCCCCUCGCAACGCCUGCUCGAUCGCCUGGUGCGCCGCUAUGCCGAGACCAAGGACUCGGGCAGCUUCCUGCUCCGCAACCUCAAGGACUCGGAGCGGAUGCAGCUGCUGCUCACGCUGGCCUUCAACCCCGAGCCGCUGGUGCUACAGAGUUUUCCAUCUGAUGAAGGUUGGCCAUUUGCAAAAUAUCUUGGAGCUUGUGGAAGAACGGUGGCUGUGAAUUAUGUCGGAGAAGAACUGUGGAGCUACUUCAAUGCACCGUGGGAGAGACGAGUUGACCUAGCUUGGCAGUUAAUGGAAAUAGCAGAGCAGCUCACAAACAAUGACUUUGAAUUUGCACUCUACCUCCUGGACGUCAGCUUUGACAACUUUGCAGUUGGUCCUCGAGAUGGGAAGGUAAUCAUCGUGGAUGCUGAAAAUGUUUUAGUUGCUGACAAAAGAUUAAUUAGACAAAAUAAGCCUGAAAAUUGGGAUGUAUGGUAUGAAAGCAAAUUUGAUGACUGUGAUAAGGAGGCUUGCUUAUCAUUUUCAAAAGAAAUUCUUUGUGCUCGUGUCACUGUGGACCACAAUUAUUAUGCUGUUUGUCAAAACCUCUUAUCCAGACAUGCCACUUGGCGUGGCACUUCUGGAGGACUACUUCAUGAUCCACCAAGUGAAAUUGCCAAAGAUGGCCGCCUGGAGGCCUUGCUGAAUGAGUGUGCCAACCCAAAGAAGCGCUAUGGGAGAUUCCAGGCAGCAAAAGAACUGCGUGAAUACCUGGCACAAUUAAGUAACAAUGUGAGGUAGUCUAUGGUGAACUUUUUUUUUCCCCUCCAUUUAAGUAGCACUGGCAAAACUAAACCACCAAAAACUACGUGGAAAAACACAAUUUGGAAGAAUUACCUUCAGAGGAGAAUAACUUGCACUGACAGAUCUUAUGUUAGCAUCCAUCAAAUAAAACAUUACCGUGCUUCGGAACUCACAGGAUGCUUGUGCAGAUCAGUGCGCUCUUACACAGUGGAGACUUGAGGUAUCAUUGACUGCUUCCCUCCCCCAUGCCUGAGUGGCUUCAUGAACAUUGCUAAGCUAUUGGAAAGGAGUCUGAUAGUUGCACUGGCUUGUGUAUCAAAGGGUACUUGGUACUUAGUUUGCAUUGCUAUCAUGAUUUUGUGAACCUCUUGCAUUUACUUUGAAUGUCAAAUUAGAUCGGCCUGUUUUAUAGGCCACUUUUUCCUUCUGAUGUAUAGGGGUUUUUUCCUGUUUUUUGUUUUGUUUUGUUUUUUAAUUAAAUUUUAAACAUUCAGGUUACUGUAGGUGUUUGUUUAAAUUUUAACUAGUUUUCGUUCAGUGCUAUGCGGUACAUAUUUACUGUUAGGGCAGGAUUCCCAGGUUUACUGUGUUUUUUUCAGAAAACUGAAUAUUUUAUUAUGUAAAUAAUUUUUCCUUGUCUUCUAUGGUUUCAUCCUUGCAUGGUAUCAUUUCAGGUUAUUUAAGGGUUAUAUCCCUCUACUCCAGUAAUUGUAAGUACACUGAACAUGAAGGUUAGCAUAUGCUACAAAAUGUCAUUUCAUCCUUUACUAAAAGGCUUUAACAAGAGAAUACUCGCAAUCUACAUUUUAAUGGUAAUUUUGGUUGAGAAAAAAAAUGUAACCCAGUAUUUUAAAAAUGCUAACUAGUCCAAGAUAGUAAUACAUAUGCCAAAGAAAUACUAGAUCUAGUCCUAUGUUUAGAAUUUAAAAUAGAAUUUGGUCACCUUCUUACACGUCUUACCUUACUUCCAAUAUUUUACCUCUGUCAUUAUUAAAUUCACACUUCCCUGGUUAUUCUUUAAUAUUGACAGUUAAGCUACUGCUUUCAAAAAUAUGUAACUUAAAGAUAU